AUGGAAUUAACAGUAGAACUAUCAUACCAGAUUAAUAGCAGUGAUGACAUUGAUAAUAGUGAUAAGAAGGAUAACAAUGAUACGAGUGAUAACAGUGAUAACAUCGAUAACAGCGAUAAGAAUAAUAACAAGGAUAACAUCGAUAAGAAAGAUAACAGUGAUAACACUGAUGACAGUGAUAAGAAUGAUAACACUGAUGGCAGUGAUAAGAAUGAUAACACUGAUGACCGUGAUAAGAAUGAUAACACUGGUGAUAAUGAUAAGGAUGAUAACAAUGAUGGCAGUGAUAAGAAUGAUGGCAGUGCUAAGAAUGAUGACAGUGAUAAGAAUGAUAACACUGAUGGCAGUGAUAAGAAUGAUAACGCUGGUGACCGUGAUAAGAAUCAUAACACUGGCGAUAGUGAUAAGGAUGAUAACAAUUAUAACAAUAAUGGCAGUGAUAAGAAUGAUAACAACGAUAACAUCAUUGAGAAUGAAAACACUGAUAAGAAUGAUAACACUGAUAACAAUGGAAAUUCCGGAUCGAUCACUAGAUGCUAA